AUGGCAAUGGGGAGAACAGGGGACGCACCACCCGCAAGACUAAUGCAGUUCCUCAUUGAUGCGGGCUUCAAGUGCCCUACGCCAAUUCAGGCUUAUACUUGGCCCGUACUCAUGGACGGAAAGGAUGUUAUCGGCGUGGCCAAGACCGGGAGCGGCAAGACUCUCGGAUACCUUCUGCCAGGAUACAUCAAGGUGAAAAGGAACGAAGGUAAGACCUUCGACCCCAGCAGGGGUCCUGGCAUGCUGAUCAUGGCACCAACACGCGAACUUUGCCAGCAGAUCUUCGAAGAGAGCGAGCGCUUCGGCAAGCCAGCAAAAAUUGAUACUGCCUGCGUCUACGGAGGUGCUCCGAAAGGACAGCAAGUCCGUCAGCUACGGAAUUGCCCCCACUGCGUGGUCGCCACACCCGGGCGUCUGAACGACUUCCUGCAAAAUCGCGAGCUUUCGAUCAACCAGUGCGAGUACCUAGUCUUGGACGAGGCGGAUCGGAUGUUGGACAUGGGCUUCGAGCCACAAAUCAGGGAGCUCAUCAACUAUUUGCCAGGACAGAGGCAAACUGCUCUCUACACCGCUACAUGGCCUCGCGAAGUCAAGGAAAUCGCUUCACGAUUGACGAAGGAUGCCACUCACAUUCAAGUGGGUUCCGAAGACUCGGCAUCAGCAAAUGCCGACAUUACGCAGCAUAUCGUGAGAGUCUUCAACGAGAAGGACAAAAUGCGCUUCCUCGAGGGUACGAUCUUCCCAGAGCUGCAGCGAACAGGCGGAUCUGGCCUGAUCUUCGUGAAGACGAAGAAAGCAGCCUCGGGAUUGUAUCAUGAGCUCUCGCGCGUUGGAGCGCCCAUCGUUUGCCUUCAUGGUGAUAUGGACCAGUCCGGGCGCGAUCAUGCACUACAAGCCUUCAAGACUGGCAUGGCAAAGGUUUUGGUUGCAACUGACGUGGCCCAGCGAGGCCUGGACAUCAAGAAUGUCGCGUUUGUUGUGAAUUACGAUGCGCCUUCGAACUUGGAGGACUACGUGCACCGAAUCGGAAGAACCGGUCGAGCAGGUGAGAAGGGAGAUGCCUACACUUGCUUGUACGACUCAGACAGUGGAAUCGCCAACCAGAUUAAGAAAGUUUUCCAGAAGACAGGCCAGCAAAUCCCGCGUGACCUCGUGGAGAUUGCAAGUGGGGGAGGUGGCAUCGCUCAAGGAUGGGGCCGCGGCGGUGGCGGUGGCGGCGGUGGGCCUGUCCUGAAUGGCCAGUGGGGUGGCAAGUACGCGCAGAAUGGAGGAGGAGGCGGAUAUGGCGGCGGCGGCGGCUGGUAA